UUCCAAUCAAAACCCCAAAAUUUUUCCGCUCUCUAGCCAUGGUCGAGCGACGACGGAGGCCUCUGAUCCUCGCCUCCACCCGCGCCAUCCUCGACUCCGUCGUCAACUCCGCCAAAUCCAUCGACGCCGCGGAGGACAACAGCGUCCUCCGCCCUCGUAGGUCUCGCUUCAUCGACGAAGAUGGGGGCUCCGCCUCCGCCUAUGCCUCGCUCCGGCUCAAGGCCGGGAUCCUCCGCGUCGUUCACGAAGGGGGCGGCGCAAAUGAGGAGUUUAACGAGUUGUCGUCCUUCGUAGGAGUCUCCACCGACGUUCUCAGGAGACUGGCGAUUACUUCUAGGUCUACGUUUGGGUAG